UCAUGUGUUUACCGGGCUCAGUCCACGUGCAGUUCCCACUAGGCCCCGCCCACCGCCUGGACACGCCUACCGUAGUUCAUAAAGUUCAGAAAGUCCCUUCAGCGCUAGAAGAACUGCUCGAAUCUCGCCAGGAUUGAGUUUCUCGACACUUUCACCCAAAGGCACUACUAAAUUUCACUUCUGAACUCUAUACUGCUGUCGAGGAUAUCUGAAACCUCUCAAGGUUACUCAGCAAACAGCCAUUUUACCGCUUUUUAACUCUCCUCAGAAGCGAAAUCAUCUUCAGGUCAUGGCGGCGCACAAGCGGAUCCUGCGAGCCCUCGGAAACGGGCCGGCAAGGCGAAACCUGUUCGGUCCGGUGGAUCGUGAGCAGCUUCAGGCGGAGUACCGCGACGCCCUGAGGAAAGACCUGGAGGACGCAUCGCGCCGCUGGAGCUUCGAUUUCGUCUCGGAGAAGCCGCUGGAGGGCGGAGACUUCCAGUGGGAGGGCGUGUCCGGGGUGCGGGUGCCCGUGCUGUACCGCAGCUGUCAGGACGGCGAGCAUCCGAGGCAGCGCGCGAAAGAACCGUCGUCCGACACUCAGAAAGAGAACAUCCCCCGAACCCCGGAGAGAUUCAGUUCGGUGCCGGAGGACAUCGAGAAAACGCCAGAAAAGAGAUCAGAGCUGAAGAGGAAACAGACAAAUAUCACAGACUUCUACCAGGCGAAGAAGAGGCUGGUGGCCACGCCCCGUAAAUCAGGACAAUAAGGCACACGCUCAGGAACUCUCGUGUGUCAUGUCUGGACUCAUAUCCUCAGAGAAGAACACGUGUAAAGACACAAUAACUGACUGUUUUUCUAUGCCGUCAUCUACCUUCAUCCUUUCAAGAACUCUAAACAAUCAUUUGUAGCAUUUUUUCAGUGUCAUGGAACCAGGUUGUUCCAGAACUGUUCAUUCUUCCAUCAUGUGUUAUUCAGGAAUCUGUCAUUCCUCUUUGAGUACUUCCUGUUUAUAUGUUUGCAUGUCAACGGUUAACAUUUAUGCAAAUUUUAUGUUUAAGAAAAUGCUAAAAUCCCUUUAAAUUCGAUGUGUGGAGGGGACGAAAAGAUUCGAAACGUCCAUAAAUGAAUCUUUCAGAACCACGAAAAUUUGAGUUUAUUUACGAAAAAUAUGACACAUUAUAAAACACUGAUUUUAUUUUCAGUGUGCACAUAUUCAAAUGUAUUGCUUUAUUGCACAAAACAUGUAGCUAAUUUUAAAUGUUUGGUGCCAAUUAUUUUUUUUAUUUGACACAAAAGUUAUUCUUGUUGUUAAACGUAAACCUCAAUUAAGCUGCCAGUAUGUUCUCACACACGUCUCGUAGCUGAGCUGCGAUUACGUUUUUGCAACGUAAUUUUUUAUUUACAAACACUCGCCGUCGUUCGCGAAUCACGAGCAGAAACUUUUCGUACAAUGAUUCGUACAUCAUGUUGCGUUAAAUUUAGCGUGAAAAUUAACGUACAAAUGUUUUACAAAGAUAUUUGUUCCAGGGUUAUUAUUGUUAACUUAAACUGUUAACUUUUCUGUUAAUUGAUAAAAAGCUGAAAUAAAAUAAAAUAUAAAUAUUAGUUAAAAAACUAUGUUGGCUUGGCAAUAAACUGAAAUAAGUUUAAGUACUUAAAAUAUUAACUGGAAAUAAAUAAAAACUAAAGCUAACUAAAACUGAAAUAAAUAAAUAAACCUAAAUGCUAAUAUUUAAAAAUAAAAGCACGUAACAAAAUUACAAAAAAAUUCAAAAUAUUACUAAAACUAAAAUAACAGAAAUUUGUUCUGCUCGUGUUUCGUGAUGCGGCCGCUGGAACUACAGCAUAUUUACAAACACUCUCAGUUCUCCUGUUGUCACGGAAAUACAAGUAACCUGGAGCGAUAACGUCUAAAAUAAAUUUAAUGAGAGAUGUGAACGCCAAACUUUAUACAUUGAGUAAUUAAGAUAAAAAGCUCUUUUCUAUUCAAUUCCAGCAAACGUUCAUUAAAUCUGUUCUAGCUCUUCUUGAAUCCUGCUUGUGGAUUUCUGCGACCUGUCUGUAAAUAUUCUGUUGAUAUCCGGAUUGUUCGCUGUUGAUUCAGAAUUGCACUUGUUAUUUUGAGUAGUGUAGCUUGCACAGGUCCGUUAUUGUUAAAGAGCUCUGAAUAUAUGCGUAUUUAUUUUAUUGAUAAAUAUUGUAUUGUAGAUUGACAUGUAAUUGUUCUUUUAAUAAAGCUGUUCAUGAAGAGAAA